AUGGAUCAGACAGCAGCGGCCCUGGGCCAUGCCAAUGCCCUUUACGCCCGUGCCUCCUCAUCGCAACCUCCAGUGUACAAGGCGAUUGGUAUCUCACUGGCCAUCUCUUCUGGCCUCUUUAUCGGAAUAUCGUUCGUCCUCAAAAAGACCGGCUUGCUCAAAGCCAAUGUGAAAUACAAUGAAGAAGCUGGCGAAGGUUACGGUUAUCUGAAGAAUGCCUGGUGGUGGACGGGCAUGACCUUGAUGAUUAUCGGCGAAAUCUGCAAUUUCGUGGCCUACUGUUUCGUUGAUGCCAUCUUGGUCACUCCUAUGGGUGCCUUGUCUGUCGUUGUCACGACCGUUUUGUCAGCUAUCUUUCUAAAAGAGCGACUCAGUUUUGUUGGCAAGAUCGGGUGCUUUAAUUGCAUUAUUGGUGCCGUCAUCAUUGCUUUGAAUGCACCCGAACAAUCCUCCGUCAGCGACAUCCAGGCAAUGCAGCAUUAUGUUAUCUCUCCUGGUUUUCUGACCUACGCUGGCGUGAUCAUCGCUGGCUGCACUUUUGUUGCGCUUUGGGCUGGUCCCCGCUACGGUAAACGCAGCAUGUUCGUCUACAUCAGCAUUUGCAGUCUGAUCGGAGGGUUGAGCGUUGUUGCAACCCAAGGCUUGGGUGCCUCAAUCUUAGCCCAGAUCCGAGGAGAAUCUCAAUUCAAGCAUUGGUUUCUUUAUGUGCUUUUUGCCUUUGUCGUUGCCUCUUUGCUGACUGAAAUUAUCUAUCUCAAUAAAGCUUUGAAUAUUUUUAAUGCCGCCCUCGUCACUCCCACUUACUACGUCUUCUUCACCAGUUCUACUAUCGUCACCUCCGCCGUCCUGUUCCGAGGAUUUUCGGGUUCAGCAAUGGCUAUUGUCACUAUGGUCAUGGGCUUCCUUACAAUCUGUUCUGGAGUAGUAUUGUUGCAAUUGUCUAAAUCUGCGAAAGAUGUUCCCGAUGCCGCCAUAUUCAAAGGCGAUCUCGACCAAAUCAGAGAAGUCAGUGAGCAAGAAGCCCCCGAAACAGAACCAAAGGCAGAUGCAAUUCGAGGCGCUGCAGCUAUCAUCCGCCGUAUCUCGGUUUCUAGGCAAAAGAUGGAGCAAGAUGAAUUCAAACGAUACGUCAAGGAGAAGCAGGAAGAUCAGUUGAGUGUCCCAGGUGAUAACGAGGUCGUUGAAUGGGAUGGCAUCCGGCGACGCAAAACGGUUAUUGGAGACCACCCGAUUAUGACUCCCAAAUCUUCUCGCUCACUGAGAAGUCCACACCCGCCGUUGGGCAUGUCUUACUUCCCUGAAGAGAGGGGAGAAUACGUACGCACACCAAGUGGUAAUAGCUCUUCGUUCUUGGGUGGUGCUCGUGGUCGAACUUCCUCUAUUCUUCACCCUUCGCAGUGGAGACCUCGAGGAGAUGGGGAAGACGACGUCCAACCUAGCCCCAUGCACCCAGUGGCUUUGACAGAAAUUGCUCUACGAGAUAAGGAAGGGACUGAUACCGCUUAUUAUGGCGGUAAAGAUGCCCAUCUGGAACCACCGUUCCAACCGCAUCUAGGCAGAGAGCGUAGUGACACACCGAGGUCAAUUAUCUGGGCAGAUGAGCGUCCUGAUAUUUCGCCUCACAGGAAGACCCACCUAGCUCCUGACGAUUCGCCUCAAGCUCGGCGUCAAUUUUCCUUCAGAACAAUGUUCAACCGAAAGAAAUCAGGCGAAAGCUUGUCUUAUAGCCCCGCCAGCCCUAGUCGGGGGAUUCUGAAGAACACUGAUCGAGGCCCCGGGUCUGCCGACGUUCGACGAGCAAUGAAAAAUGCCACCGAAGAAGAAAGACUCGGCCUAGUCAAGGGAGAUUCGCACAACACGAAUGUGGAAGAAGAUUUCCAGAAAGAAAAGCUCACGCGGUCAUCAUCACCUGAUUCCUUUGAUUCGACCUUGGACGCCGUAGAAGAAGUCAGGCGUCAGUACGCACGUCCUCAUCAGCCAUCUGGAUCAUCGACUAUCUCCACCUCCACUUUCCCGCCAUACGAAGAUGUACAUCACCACUACCACUCAGAAACCGAUCAUCCACGCGGUUAUCUAACAGUCCGACGAAUUUCGUCUCCCCCUCCUAUCAUCGAAGAAGACCCUGCUGAGAACCAACGAGGGCAGCCUCAACGACUACUUAACACUUCAAUCUCUGGACCAUCAAAAUCACUUCCUCCCAUUCCAUCGAGCGAUGAGGAAUACGUUCAAGUAGAACGUUCAUCUGAGGGCCAUAGCCAUAGCAGCCCUGAAAUAGGCGUGACAUCUGUCGCAUCCUCCUCCCCACCUUCCACUGGACGAGGCUACCGCCGACAUCCAAAUACUGGCGGCAAUAGAAGCGCAGCUAGCAGCCGAAGCAACAGCAGUGGCAGUGAGGGAAGCGAUGGAGCCAGUAGACGACUAGUUUCUGGGGGCCCUGCGGCAUUUAUAUGA